AUGGCCUCCAUUUCUGUUUCAGCAAGAUCACUCCUCUUCACCCAUUCAACCAAACGCUUCUUCCGUCCCUUCAAGCCCCCUUCUUCUCCCUUUCUUCUUCAAUGCACAACAAAAUCCACCAGCGCCCUCCAACAACCUCGCCGCAACAACGUCAUCGAAAUCCUCCAAGAACGUGGUUUGGUCGAAUCCUUAACCAGCGAUGCGCUCCCCGGUGCGUGCUCCUCACCGCUCAAGAUCUAUUGCGGUUUCGACCCCACCGCGGAGUCUCUGCACCUCGGUAACCUUCUCGGCCUCAUCGUGCUGUCCUGGUUUCGCCGCUGCGGCCAUGGUGCAGUCGCCUUGAUAGGGGGUGCCACCGCGCGCGUGGGCGACCCCUCGGGAAAAUCCCUCGAAAGGCCCGAACUUGACGCCGAGUCCUUGGAGAAGAACACAUUGGGUAUCUCCAACACCAUCGAACGGAUUCUGAGUCGCGCUCAAAAUCCGAACUUGGUGGGUCCCGAUUCUUCUGUUGUGAUCCUGAAUAACUAUGAUUGGUGGAAGGAGUUUAGUUUGUUGGAUUUUUUGAAAAGGGUGGGUAAGUUUGCUAGGGUGGGGUCUAUGAUUGCUAAGGAGAGUGUGAGGAAGAGGUUGGAAUCAGAACAAGGAAUGAGUUACACUGAGUUUACAUAUCAAUUGUUGCAGGGUUAUGAUUUCUUGUACUUGUUUCAGAAUGAGGGUAUUAGUGUUCAGAUUGGGGGUAGUGACCAAUGGGGUAAUAUAACUGCUGGGACUGAGUUGAUUAGGAAGAUAUUGCAGGUGGAAGGUGCUUAUGGUUUGACAUUCCCUCUUCUUUUGAAGAGUGAUGGUACAAAGUUUGGAAAGUCUGAGGAUGGUGCCAUUUGGUUGUCUCCAACGUUUUUGUCUCCCUAUAAGUUUUACCAGUAUUUUUUUAGUGUUCCUGAUGCUGAUGUGAUUAGAUUUUUGAAGAUUCUUACCUUUUUGGACAUUGAGGAGAUAGUUGCCUUGGAGGGGGAGAUGGUGAAGCCUGGCUACGUGCCUAACACCGCGCAGCGGAGGCUGGCCGAGGAAGUUACGCGGUUUGUUCAUGGGGAGGAUGGUUUGGCCGAGGCUCUUAAGGCCACAGAGGCUUUGAGGCCGGGGUCUGAGACGAAGUUGGACUGGAAAACCAUUGAGGGGAUUGCUGAAGAUGUGCCAUCUUGUUCUUUGGCUUAUGAUGAGGUUUUGAAUCUGUCAUUGGUGGAUCUUUCAGUUUCUUCUGGUUUGUUCGAGAGUAGGUCUGCGGCACGGCGGUUGUUGAAGCAAGGGGGACUUUACUUAAAUAAUAGCAGAGUGGAUAGUGAAGGUAGGAGAAUUGAGGCUGCGGAUAUAGUGGAUGGGAAAGUUCUCCUGUUAUCAGCAGGCAAAAAGAACAAGGUGCUGGUCAGAAUAGCUUGA